AUGUCCCGUUUGAGUUUUUCUCCGAAAAAGCAGUUGGACGCAGAUCCGUUUUUGGACUAUGAAGCUUCUACGGGUUUGUCGGAACGGUCGCACAGGACGGUAGGAUCUUUUCUUCACGACAGUGUUUCGGAAAAUGUGAAUGAGGAACCAAGAACACCGUUUUUUGGCCCAAACAGCUCAAGCUUUCAGGCCCAAAGUAUUUUUUCACCCAACUCGACUUUUCAGGGAAAAAGCCAGCAAAACCUGCGUCCCAGCUCUCAACGUAGAGGAAAAUUUCUAUUUCAGCAUGCUCGUUCAGAGACUACGAAUGUCUACGGACGCUUCGCUUCGUCCAGUCCAACUCGGCCAAGGCAGCUGGAUCUGGCCCUGACAAUGAACGACAAUAACAGCGAUACAGCCCUUGAACGUGCGACCCAACAGUUAUCACUCACAAGCCCACAGCCACAGGUCCGGAGCCGGGAACUCGAACACACAGUCCCAAACCCCGCUACUAACGAGUUUAUAUUUCGGGAGUUAAGGAGUUUGCGUGAACGGCUCGGGCAAGUGGAAGCUGAACUAGCCAGAACCAGGAUGGAAGCGACGACGACUCUUACCCGGGCGUCUCUCUCCUCGCCCGUUCCUGCUCAAAAACUACAACUUGCUCUCCAACGACUUGCUUCACACCAUCCGCCAGAUGAUGUUCUGAAACCAUUAGAACGAGCUGCGCGGAAUGCUCUAUUACUCACACAAACCUCACCGGGUCCAACGGUCGAUGCGCUGUGUCGGAGCCUUACCGAAACGUGUCUUGGUCUUGUCCAGGAAUGCUUGAACGCACGCAUGCUUGCCGACGAAUCACAAACACCACGGUUGCCUGGUCCAAAUGGCGAAGAAGAGAUGAGUGGAUAUGCCACCAUUACCGCUGCAAGCACAGGCGAAAGUGGGCGAAACAGUUACAGUUUUCCUGUCCCCACGACAGCAUUCACAGCACCGACACUGACGAACACCAACAACAACAACAACAGCAACAAUGAAGGCCUCGGUCGCUUCAGCAAUGCGCACACGAUUAUGACUACUCCCCGCUCUCAACGCAUCAUUCCGCCCACUUCGUCUCCUCUCAGCGACCGUGUCAAGACACCAGUGCUUCGAGACCGAGACGGCGACCAGAUGCCUGCAUCCUCUCGCUUCCAAUCUAAAAUUAGUCUUUCUCCCAACCGUGAGUUGCGUGCUUCUCCCGUCUCCCCGCGGUCCCCUCCGUUUCAUCGCAAACGCUUUUCAAAGACAGCUUCUAGCAACGUAUUGGUCACUCCUGCUAAUGCGUACGCACAGCCUCCAACUCAUUCUGCGCAAAGCUCACCCACUCGUUUUUCUCUCAUAGACAAGGUGUUGUCCGGUCAUCGAGAUUCCCUGUCGUGA